GCUUUGGUGGUGGCUCGGCGCUAAACUCGCCAGGCGGGAUGAAGUAAGCUUAUAAAUUUGCUCAAGCUCUAUGGCGAAGCGGCGCGCGGCGGCCGCGCAGGCUGGUAUAGCUGUGCUCAGCGGUUGCUGCGGCGCUGCGCAAGCGCGUAGAAACGCGCGUAGCAGCGCAGCAGCGCCUCACGGCGUCCACCGCAGACGUUGGGACUUUAAUAGCUAGCGGUUUGUAAGACACUAGCAAGCAAGAGAGACGUGAAACGAGGCAGCAAAAGCUGUAAUGUAUAAGACGCAGAGCAAGUUUACCGCAAGCAUAAAAGCAAUGCGCAGCCUCGCCGCACUCCUCUGCCUGGCGCACGGCGCGGCCGCGUUCAACAAGCCGCAGGCCGCCGGCCUCUGCGACCCCGGCGUCAAGCAGUCCAGCGGCUAUAUUGAUCUGUCGACGGGCGCGAAACAUCUUUUUUACUGGGCCUUCGAGUCCCGCAACGACCCGGCCACGGACCCCGUGAUCCUGUGGAUGACGGGCGGGCCGGGCUGCUCGUCGGCGGUGGCUCUUUUCGGAGAGAACGGCCCGUGCAAAGUCAACGCGGACGGCACGGCCACGAAGCUGAACCCCUACUCGUGGAAUCGCAACGCGACGCUCAUCUACGUGGACCAGCCCGCCGGCACGGGCUUCUCCUACGGCGCCAAGGACUCGACCGAGGCCGGCGUCGCCCGGGACAUGGUCGAUUUUCUCGUCCAGUGGUUCCGGAUUCACGGCAAGUUCAGCAAUCACGACCUCUACGUCACGGGCGAGUCCUACGCGGGCCACUACGUGCCGGCGGUUUCCUCGGGUCUCUUCCGCAACGGCACGCUCCGAAAGAACCUGAAGGGCCUGGCCAUCGGCAACGGCUUGACGGACCCUGAGAUACAGUUCUCGUCUGUGUGGAAAUCAACCAGUGCGUCGGGUGCACCCGACAAUUCUUCACUAAGUCAUUUCUCGGCGAUGACGCGGCCGUCCUGGCUCGGUCGAGCGGUGAGGAACCAUCGAGCAGGCGUCGCGUCGAUGGCGUGGAGGACGACGCGAUGAUUCAGCACGAACGCGCCGUAAAAUUUUGAUUUCCACACAGGUUCGCGUACUACAAGGACAUGAUCAUAAGCACGAACGGCCACAAGGCCGCCGUCGGCAAGGCGGAGCACGCCGUGAUGGCCGCCGCGACGCCUGCGUGCAUCGCCGGCAUCCGCGCGUGCCAGAACACGACCGCCACGUGCUUACCGGCGCUGGAGCUCUGCGAGAUGUCGCUCGAGAUCCCCUACACGCUCACGGGCAUGAAUCCCUACGACAUGCGCGCCAAGUGCGCGGUGCCGCCGCUCUGCUACGACUUCUCCAACGUGAAGAAGUACCUGCAGCGCGACGACGUGCGCGCGGCCCUGGGCGUGAAGGGCCGCUGGGCCGACUGCUCGAAGAGCGUGACGAUCCGCUUCGAGCUGUCCGGCGACUACAUCAAGAACUACCAGCAGCUCCUGCCGGAACUACUGGGCGCGGGCGUGCGCAUUCUGAUCUACGCGGGCGACCAGGACUACAUAUGCAACUGGCUCGGCAACCAGGCCUGGACCCUGGCCCUGCCGUGGCCCGGCCAGGGUGCGUUCCGCGCCGCGGCCGUCGCCGACUGGCCCGCCGGGGCCAAGAAGGCCGGCGAGCUGCGCACGAGCGGCCCGCUCAGCUUCCUGCGCGUCCUCGACGCGGGCCACAUGGUGCCGAUGGACCAGCCCGCGGCCGCGCUGCGCAUGAUCAACGCGUUCACGGCGGACGCGCUCUAG